ACACAGUCUAGCAGGAUUUCCAAUAGCUCAGUAUGAGCAGCCAGUAGUGACCCGGUGUCUGGCCGGACUGGUCCUGCCCUGCCGCACGGCUCCGAAGCUGACAUCUACCUGACUCCCGGAGGAGGACGGCAUGAGGAGCAGCGGGGAGAAAAAGAAGUAAUACCGCGAGUGAGUUUCUACAAGAGGAAGAGGAGGAAUAGGCUCCAUUGUGACUUUAUACCCAGAACAACAAUGUCCCAGGAGGAGGAGUGGUUUGGACAGAAGUGAGCGGACCACUACAGACGGGUUUAGGCCGGGUCCAGCCUGCUGCUGCAGGAUUACCGACCCUGACGGUCGGAAGCCGCUGGAUGCAGCAUUCAAGAUGCAAACAUUUGCUCUGAGCAGCAGCUAAACAGCCAAGACCAGUCUACAGCUGCAGCAUCCCAGCAGGACCUGCGUGUGCGUGCGUGUGAGUGGCUGAGUGUGUAUGUGUAUGUGCGCGUGCCUCGGUGUGUGUCUGUGUGUGUCACUAUGAGUCUGGUCUCGGGCUUCCCUCACCACCCGGUCAUGCACCACCACGACAGCCACCACUACUCCUUACACGCCGCGGCGGCCGGUCGGUGUCACGAGGACACCGGUGCGCCUCCGUACUUCACGAGCUGGCUUAUAAGCCACGCGGAUAUGUCUCCCACCGAGUACAGCCUCGCGCCCGGCUACAGUCCAGAGUACCAUAGCAACAGCGGCGGAGGGUCCACCGGCGGCCUGGACCCCCACCAUCAUCACCACCACCACCACUACGGCCCCGGCGGCCUGGUUCCGGGGCCCGGCACAAUCUCGGUAAACGGAAACACGGUCGGUAUGCACCACCACCACCACCACACACACCCUCGGCCCGUGAAGCGGAGACCCACGGCCAACCGUAAGGAGAGACGGCGGACCCAGAGCAUAAACUCGGCCUUUGCGGAGUUGCGGGAGUGUAUCCCGAACGUCCCGGCGGACACCAAGCUGUCCAAGAUCAAGACGCUGCGGCUGGCCACCAGCUACAUCUCCUACCUGAUGGACAUCCUGGACAAGGACGGACAGCACGGAGACACGCAGGCUUUUAAGGCCGAGCUAAAGAAGACGGAGGCUCGGGAGGAGCGGAGGAAGAGAGAAGCGGUGGAGAUCCCGAAGACUACUUCAUCAUCAUCCUCAUCCUCGUCGUCGUCCUCCUCGUCAGCGGGCGAUAAGAAGAGUAAAGGUCGGACGGGGUGGCCUCAGCAUGUCUGGGCUCUGGAACUCAAACAGUAGCGCCUCCCUGCCUCCCCGCUGCAGGUUGACAGCCCUCUGUUCCUCCCCCGGUCCCGGUCCCGGUCUCGGCCUCGCAGAGAGCGCUCUGAACAGCUUUGACAGUCGUGGUCGUGUCUCCGGACCCCGAGGCUUCCCACGGCGGUGUGUACAGAGGACGCCGUGCAGCCCGGAGCUCCGUUCGCCUCACCGUGGAGGGCAGUGACAGCUGACAGAACAUAACUUGGGAUUUAGAACUCAUCCACCUUUAAUCGGAAAUAAAAAUCCUAUUCAUACAGCCUAUUUUACGCCCAGAAUUACUUUGCUACUUAAAAACAUUAAUUAGAAAAAGAGUUGUUUUGUUAUCUGACAGUGUAAAUCCAAGUACAGCUGUGGGCUCAAAUAACAGGCCACCUUAUCAAUAAAUGAAUAGAAUCCGCUGUUCCACUCCCCUCCCAGGCCUGUGUGAGAGUGCUACUAGGUGGUCGGGGUGUUUUCCUGAAUGCUCCGUGGCUCUUGAGUUAUGUUCUAGCAGACUGUGCCACUGAGCAGAGCUUCAUACCAUACGGAGAGCGGUCGGUCGACUCUCCCUUUCUUUCUGCCCAGGAAACGAGCUGGUAGCUGGGGAUAGGCGGAGCCAUUUUUAUGUUUCUCUCCUCGAUAACACCCCCCCCCCCCCCCCCCCCCCCCCCCCCCCCACACACACACACACACACACACACACACACACACACACAGAGUGUUGAGGUGCUCUCGGCUUUAUUUAAUGGAAUAUAUUUAUGUGCAAUUUGCCCGUUAGAAGGAUUCAAACAGCCGCUGUGGCUGACUGAUAACGGACAUACUGAGUAUCUUUGAUUACAGUACAAAGGUGUAUGUGAAGAUCUCUCUCUCUCUCUCUCUCUCACUCUCUUUUCUCGCAGUUUUGAGUUGUAAAUGUAGUGACGUCACGGCGAUGACGAAGUGUCCAUGUUGUGGUGUGAAAAUGUGGUGGGAGUCUAAAUAAUGCUUCAUGUAGGAUGUAAACAGUGUCAUGAACUGAAUAAACCACCAGCUGGUGACAUGGUAA